ACGUUAAGGUUGCGAUUCAAGGAGAGAUCAUUGGCUUCAUUGAUGAUUAAAUACAGACAACAGAUAGAAAACUAAAAGUUUUCUAUCUGUAAAAGAGAGCCCCAUUCUUGAUCAUUAUAAUCUCCUCCCAAUCACUUAAAAAAAAUCUAGACACUAUGGUGUCAACCAGCAACUGGCAAUCAAGAAAAAAGAAGAAGAAGAAGCAGUGAGAUUUUUUCUACUGUCUUCAGGUUCUUUCUUUCUUUCAUUCUUGCUUUCUCCACUGCUACCUCUACUCUUCACUUUCAAACGGCUAUGUCCGUUGUUUCUUCUUCUUCUCCUUCCUCUUCCUCUUCUUCUUCUCCUUCUUCUUCUUCCUCUUCUUCUUCUCCUUCUUCUUCUCCCUCUUCCUCUUCUUCCUCUUCUUCUUCUCCUUCUUCUUCAUCACUAUCUACCGCUCAAACGCACAUGUUGAGUUUAAGGAUCGGAGGACACACCUUCUUCCAGCUGGAGAAAGUGCACGCUAUGUGGCUUCUGCUCCCUUCAUGUCAGCUGAGAAAUACAGAGGGGGUUGUUCCCAUUCCCAACAAUUCCCUCACUUCUCAAUAAACUUUCAAUAUGGGAAGUCCAUGCACACACUCACGCAUGUACACACACGGACACACACAGACUCUCUCUCACACAUAGAAAACGCCGCUCAUUAUCUCAUCCGGCUACUGUUUUUCCCCGAACUGAAGGACUUGACUUGACGUUCAUUGUACUUUAGCGAAACUGUCGCCGGGAAUACGGACGAACGUCGGUUUGCGCACAGGUGGAAGCUUUUAAAAAUAAUUUGAACUCACUGACAUCUACAGAAAGAGCACGGCCGCGGGAUACAGUAAGGAGGAAUAAUGACAGGAAAAACAUAAUUUGUUUUCUUAUAAAAAGCCCCGGUGUAGGGUUUUUUUCUUCUUCUGUAUUUGCGGUGAUACGUUCACGGACUCGCACAGAACACCUGGAAUGGAAAAAGUUUGUCUGCUUCGACUGGACCGUAGUAAAAACUCCCAAGAAAGAAUGAAGUAACCGCUAUGGAGCCGGACAAUGGCCCGUACUCCAUAGUCAAAACCAGUGGAGUCGGGGGGAGAGUCCUGAUUCUUUGGAUCUUACUCACUAUCACCUGCUGUCAAAGACUAACACAAGCACAAGAUGUGGAUGUUCUGCAGCAGCUGGGGCUUUCUGGACGAAGGGUGGGUGGGUCCUCAUCUUCAGGGUCUCGAAGCAUCCCUAAUGGCAUCAUCCCCUUCAAGUCUGGAAUUAUCCUCACCCCGAGGGCAAGAAUCCAAGUACCCCUGCAUUCAGUUCUCCCUGCACAGUACAGCACCGCCAACCUCUCUAUGGUCCUAAGCUUCUCUGUGCAUCGCAUCAACAGUGCUUUCCUUUUCUCGGUCUUGUCUAAGAAAAGGAAAGUGCAGCUAGCAUUACAGUUUGUUCCGGGGAAAGCGGUGGUUCACUUGGGACCAAGGAAUUCUGUCAGUUUCGACUAUGAUGUCCACGAUGGCCAGUGGCACACCCUGGCCUUGGAUUUUCAAGGCGAUCAUCUGUUCUUUUACGCUUUUUGUGGAAAGAAAAGUGUACACAUAGAUCUACAUUUAAAUAAGGAGGAGCUCCUGGACCCAGAGGGCUAUUUUCUACUGGGAAAAAUGAAUCAGAAUUCAGUGACGUUUGAAGGAGCCAUCUGUCAGUUUGACAUUUAUCCAUCUGCUAAGGCAGCUCAUAACUAUUGUGAUUACAUCAAGAAACACUGUAGAGCAGCUGACACGUACCGGCCGGUGCUUCCACCUCUGCUACCUCUGUUUUCAACCGACCCAAACAUUACAUUCACUCAAAAAUCUCCACUGUCAGGGAUGAAGCUUGCAGGCAGAGGCCAGGGACCUACGUUGGCCUCGACUGAAAAAAACACCAGGACAACAAAGCGUGUUCCAACAGACCAGGUACUCAUGCAGAACAAAACGUCUGGUUUUCCGACCGUGAACCCUCCAGAACUCGGUGCUAUAACCGUUCCCACUCCAGUUGUCACAGGGUUAGAAAGCCCCUCAAACUUUCCUACUCAAACAGUUACUCCAUCCUUGAGGCUCAAUGUCAGAACACCAAAACCAACUGACACAAAGCAAGGCGAUACUAACUUUUUAAAACCGUCUGGGACUAGCACGGAUUUACCUCCUUCUGCUCGGACUUUUAAGAUGGAGCCAGACCUUCAGACCAUAGCUGCUCCCACACAGUGGUCUCUUUCAUACACUGCUGCACAACAAGCCGCCAAGAAACCUGAACCCAAAGUGACCGGUGUGCAGGAUGUCGGACCCACUGGGAUUAUUCCAGUCACUCCAGCUGCCACUGAUGGCUUCCAAACAUUUGACCAAGAACCGACUCAUUACUCACUUUUGGCUGCACCACCUGGACUAAAAGGAGAACCAGGUCCUCCGGGCAUUCAAGGACUUCCAGGGUUGCAAGGAAAGCCUGGGAAGAGGGGUCCACGGGGACCUCCUGGUCCACAUGGAAACCCCGGCCAGGCUGGACCUCCUGGAGUGAAGGGUCAAAAAGGUGAACCCGGGCUGUCUCCUGGUCAAGCCCCGAAAGGACUGAAAGGAGAGCUUGGAGUCGCAGGACCCCCUGGGCGGUCUGGGCAACAUGGACGUAAGGGACAGAAAGGUCAUCCUGGUUCCAGUGGUCUUCAAGGUGAAACUGGUGAACCUGGAGAUGAUGGAAGCCCUGGGGCCAAAGGCUAUCCUGGCAGGCAGGGUUUUCCUGGGCCUGUAGGUAGAAUGGGACCGAAGGGAGUCAGAGGUCACAUUGGCGUCCCAGGGCUUUUUGGUCGCCAUGGUCCUAAUGGAGAUAGAGGUGUUCCAGGCAUUCAUGGGAAGAAGGGCGAGAUGGGUAGGCCGGGUUUUCCUGGGGACUUGGGAGAGAGGGGUCCUCCUGGACCUGAUGGAAACCCAGGAGAACUGGGUCCUCCUGGGCCACAUGGAGUCCCCGGUCUUGUUGGAGACCUGGGCCCUGUUGGUAUACUUGGCUCAGAGGGACUUCCAGGAAUCAAGGGAGUGGCUGGAAACCCAGGCGACCCCGGACUGAAAGGUGAUAAGGGGGAUAUGGGCUUGGCAGGAGAGCCAGGAGAGUUUGGAUUUAAAGGGGACAAGGGACUCUUUGGCUUACCUGGGCCGCCAGGUCCACGUGGAAAACCAGGACCACAGGGAAAACCAGGGGAGAGAGGCCCUGAUGGUGUACGUGGCCCCUUUGGCCCAGAGGGUUUUCCGGGGGACAUUGGACCACCAGGACAAAACGGACCGCAAGGACCCAAGGGAAAGCAAGGGACACAAGGAUUACCUGGGCUGAAAGGCACACUAGGACCUGCGGGUGACGAGGGACCACAGGGGCCAGCUGGACCGGAUGGACAUGAGGGCAGGCCUGGGAGGCAGGGAUGCCCUGGAUUGACAGGACCAGACGGACUCAAGGGCGAGGCUGGGAUAUCUGGCGAGGUCGGAAAGAUUGGCGAGAGGGGACCGCCUGGUUUUAUCGCGCCUACUGGAGAGAUGGGCAUCACCGGCGAAAAGGGGGAUCGAGGGAAAAUAGGGAUCCCUGGGCCUCCAGGGGAACGGGGCCCGAUGGGUCACACUGGGAUACCUGGAGAGUCAGGGUCACCUGGACUACAGGGAAACCCAGGUCCUCCUGGAUCGAGGGGAUCCGUGGGCAUCAGGGGUCCCAAAGGGAUUAUGGGUCCAAGGGGUCCCGAAGGCCCGGUGGGGGAAGACGGCUCUACGGGAAUAAAGGGCCCCGAAGGUCCACUAGGAAAAUUGGGUCUCCCUGGAGAAACGGGGAAGCUGGGUGAGCCGGGUGAGGCCGGAGCCAAGGGAGUCAUGGGUGUUCAAGGACCCUCAGGACGUCCAGGAGCCAAAGGAAUUGUAGGCGAACCUGGACCAGCAGGUCCACCAGGAACAAUCGGGCCUCUAGGGGAGAUGGGGCCGUUGGGUCCACCAGGGAACACUGGAGAGAGAGGACUGCCUGGUGAAACUGGGGAGAAGGGUGGCCUUGGUCUGCCAGGAAACAUUGGUGAACAGGGUUUGAUUGGACAGAGAGGUGAGCCAGGGAUUGAUGGGGAGGCUGGACCAAGUGGACCAGAUGGAGCCAAGGGUGAAAUGGGGGAGGUGGGUGCGGAGGGCACUGAAGGAGACAAGGGUGAAAUUGGUCUUAAAGGAACUGAAGGACCUCCUGGCCCCGCUGGGCUGGUGGGGGUAAAGGGCCCGGAGGGGAAACCUGGACUAAUUGGUGAAAGAGGAAAACCAGGAGAAAAGGGGGACAAGGGUCAACAAGGUCACCUGGGAGAGCCUGGGCCGGUCGGCGAGCCCGGUGAACUGGGGUUUAUGGGACAGAAAGGAGCGCGAGGAACGACAGGGCCGGUGGGGGCUCCGGGGAGAAUGGGCCAACUAGGAAAUCCAGGUAUCUCAGGUUAUGAGGGUCACAUGGGACCACACGGCCCCCUGGGACCUCCCGGGCCAAAAGGUGAAAAGGGAGAAGAGGGAGACGACAGCAAGGUUGAAGGUCCUCCAGGUCCCCAAGGUGACAGAGGUCCUCGUGGUGCCAGAGGAGAACGAGGGGAGCACGGUGAUACUGGACACAUUGGGCAGAUAGGAUUUGACGGAAGGAGAGGUGAAGCUGGUUCUCCGGGGCUCCCUGGAGAUCCUGGGCCAAAAGGACAGCUGGGGCUGAAAGGAUCCAAAGGUGAUCAAGGUAAAAAAGGGAAGUCGGGGGCGACUGGCUCCCCUGGAACCAAAGGCCCACCUGGUCCAAUAGGUCCUCCUGGACCACGGGGGGUUGUCGGCAGGGAGGGUCUUGAGGGGUUGCCUGGCGAAGAUGGACUGCCUGGUGAAGUCGGAACCAUAGGAGUUAAAGGAGAACAGGGUGGAGACGGAGACGUGGGCUUACCAGGAAAAGCUGGGCGGCAGGGCAGACUUGGUGAGACGGGGCUCCCUGGAAACCAAGGAUCUUUUGGACCAAAGGGAGACAGGGGUCACCCAGGUCAAACAGGUCCAUCAGGAGAAAGAGGCUCCAUCGGUGGGAUGGGGUUGCCAGGAAAACAGGGAGACCAAGGACCUAAAGGACAACCAGGAGAUUACGGGAACCAGGGUUUUCCAGGGGUGUUUGGUCUUUUUGGGCCCAAGGGCCCUCCUGGUGAUGUCGGCACGGCAGGAAUUCAAGGACCAAAAGGUCCACGUGGUCUGGAGGGUGCGGAGGGCGUCCUGGGUCCCGUCGGCAUCGUAGGCCCCAGCGGUCAUCCCGGACCCCAGGGUGACAAAGGAAGUCGAGGGGAGACGGGACUGCAAGGACCAAAGGGCUCUCCAGGUCCACAUGGACCACGAGGACCACCAGGUCUCUCCAGUUCUGCCCUCCUACUGGAAAACCAACCCGUUGGCUCUGCUGUCGAAUUCCUCACUGAUUCUCAUUCCUCACCGAAUCAAGAGAACUUCCAGUCCGUGGAGCAGCCUUCAGUGGACCACAGCAUAGAGAUUUUCAGGACCUUGCAGUAUCUCAACACUAUGAUACAAAGUUUAAAGCACCCGUUGGGGACUCGUGAUAAUCCUGCCAGGAUCUGCAGAGACCUCUUCGACUGUGAACACAGGAUGUACGAUGGCACUUAUUGGAUCGACCCCAACCUCGGCUGCAAUGGUGACACUAUCGAAGUGAUGUGUAAUUUCACUGCUUUGGGACAAACCUGCCUGAAACCCGUCACGGCGUCCAAGUUGGAGUUUGGAGUGGGUCGUAUCCAGAUGAACUUCAUUCACCUUUUGAGCACACAGGCUGUGCAGCACAUCACCAUUCACUGCCUCAACAUGCCAGUGUGGGCAGCAGAAGCUUCUUUACGGCCCACGGAUGCAGCAGUGAUCUUCAAGGGGUGGAACGGUGAAAAGAUCAGAGCUGGAGACCUUCUGGAACCACUUGUACCACUGGAUGAAUGUUGGAUCAAAGAUGGCCACUGGCAUCGGACACACUUCAUCUUCCAGACACAGGACCUAAACCUACUUCCUGUAGUAGACGUGUACAACCUGCCAAAGCCAGAACAUGGAGCACGCUAUUACCUUGAGGUUGGACCGGUGUGUUUCUUAUAGUUUUCUGUGGAGCGGGGGGUUGUGGUGGGUGGGGAGCACUAUACUCCUUACAGGAGUGACUCCCUUCAAGAGGGAUGGAGCGCAGGGUGGACAGAGGAGACUUGAGACUUUCAAGACCUCAUUAACAAAUGAUGCUUGAACUGCAGAAGCAGAAGUAAGCACCGAAGGAAGACGCGUCAUUGGACAGAGCCCGGAUAUUUUAGCAUUCAUCAACCUACGGAACGUAAAUAUCACCGCCUUUUACAGAGACUUGUUUUUGAGACUCGGAUCCAAUUUUUAUAUUUCGGAAAUAAUAUGAAAGUCUUUCUCUGCAGCCUCUCAGACCAUGUUGUAUCAUAUUUUCAUCACCACGGUCUGAUGAAGGAUUUUUUACAAGAGACCUGUACAGAAGCGUGGGACAUUGUACGCCUGAAAAUCGCAAUUAUUCCUAUUUUAAUGUAUAAGUAUUAUUUAUACAAGUAUAUUUAUACUACUUUGUAAUAUAAAGUGCAAUACAGUUACAGUUACGCAGCCUUUUCAGGACACACAGUUUCACCGCCACAACUCAUUCAGAUACACACAGACACGCUGCCAGAAGGUGGGUGUGUUUGAGCCGACACAGACCGGUGUCCGGUGCUGAGAGAAAUUGCAUUCACAUGCGUACGUUCAUGUCUGUGAGCAAAAUAACUGCUGUGCGCUACACACUCACGUUACAGUAGGGCAGAGGACUCCACGUCGGGAGAAAGGUGUGUCAAGACACUACCUCGUACUGCACCUCUCUCCGCAGAGCAAAGUAUUUGCAAACCUGUCAAAGUGGGGGAUGAGACAGAGGUGACACCUGGUGCUACAACUGUUGACACUCCAGUCUGGCCAAAGAAAAACAACUAAAAAGUACACUCACACUUUUUGGUUUUCAGUAUAAAAAAACAACUCUGUGCGUUCUACACUGGCUCUUAGAUUUAAUUAGAAAAAAAAUAUAAAAAUAGUCUUGACUUUCAUGUCAUUUAUUCAUUUUCUAAUGCUUAGUAAUUUCAGGGUCAGGAGAAGAUGAGAAGUUUGGCAACCUUUGUACACAAAGUGUUACUACAGUAAUCGAACCGCAGACAUUCUCAGUGUAAAGCAUUAUCUCCAUCAUAUGAACCCAUUUCACACAUUCAACAGAAUUUUAAAACUAAUGGCUGACCAAAAUGUUUGAUUUCAUAUUUGUUUUAAUGUUAUUAAAAAAACAUCGCUAGUCUGUUUAUCCACGUUAGCAUCACAGCUGCAAAAGACCUUUAAUUUUUUUAAGAAAACUGCAGAGUGGGUAACUGUAUUUGUCAAAUUGUGAUUUCAAAGUCAUAUUUUUCCACUGUUCAGUGUUCGUAGUACAGCUAAAAUUACCGUACAUAUUACUCCGACCAGAAAUGGGGCAGCCCGCUGAGACGAGGAAACGAGAUUCAGGUUAGUUUAAAAGAUGGUUUAGGACAAUCUUGAUCUGUUUAUUUGAAAGCUGUGGGAUCAAUCUGACAAUUCUUUUGUCCUUUAAUGAAAACAAUAUAUUUUACAGCCUGCAGAAGCUGCUGGACUCCACGAAACCCAAUCUUAAUAUAGUAUUUUAAAACACUGAAAUUACAUGGUACCAUAUUGGAUUUUACUGAUGCAGUAAAUGAACUUGUCCUGUAUUGUUGACGAUGCUCUGUUUCUCUUCAUCACAACUCUUUUCUCCAGUGUAUUCACGUUUGAUUUAAAACCCGAGGAAAAAGGUUUAUCAGCAUGUGUCGUUUAUUUGGUGCUUCAAGGACUCUAUAGUGUACGAGGGUUAUUAUUUUUGUCCUUUACUCUCCUGUAUCUCCAGACAUUCCCACCUCAUUCCCAGUCAGUUAUUCACUAUUGAUGCAUUUGCAGUUGAACUCUGCCUCAGUUCUGUCUAAUCCCACCAACCUUAAUACCCACAGUACAUGAAUAUCCAGGUCUGUUCAGGCAUCUCUGCUGUGAAUGAAGACUAAUGAAAAGGAUUAUUUAAUAAAUGCCUGAAGCCUUUGUUCAUAA